UCAGACGCAUUGCGUAUUAGUGGGCAGAGCAGUUCCGAUUCGUCUGCUCUCGAACCCCAACGUGCCUCUUCCAUAGAGGUCCAAGUGUUAAUAAGCAACCAGGAAAGCCCCUUUCUUUCUGCUGCGGGUCUCUCUCUGCGCUGGUCCCGGACCCUUCUGAACCUCUCGGAGAACUCUGCGACCCAAGGCAUUUGCAUUUGACACGACUCGCUCCCUUACUCUCGUCGUGCUGCUGCUGCUGCUGCUGCUCCUCCUCCUCCUGCUGCCCCUUUGGCUCGUUUCAUCGAGGGGGGAGAGAGAGAGAGAGCGACUGAACUGAACUCGGCCUGAACUGGUCUCGAGAGAGGUGAUCUCCUGGUGGGAAUCAACAGGAGUCUGUGGGAGGAUAUGGGAUGCAGGAGAAAAAGGGAGUGAGGGGGAAACAAAUGAACUGAUCCGUCACGGAAUGGACUUUGUGACGAACUGACAGUCAGAGGAGAAGGGGGGUAAAGUGGUGAAGAUGGAACUCAUGAAUUGGAGAGAACAGAUGUUGGAGGACAGAGAUGGGCUCAUAAGAGUGUCACUGGAGGGGAACAUUGGGGUGGGAAAGUCUACGAUGCUAUAUCUUCUCCAGAGGGAUCCUCGUCUUCAAAGGUGCCUGUCUGCCCACCAUAGUAGGCUGCUGGUUUGACGUUUUGAAUCGUUUACUAAUCGCUUCAGGUUUCAUACACGCUUUCGUUUGAGGAACCCACGUCCGGGAGAAGAUCAUACCAAUGACGAACAGAUCGGUGACGAUGGAGCAGGUGCUAGUCGAAUCGAACCGAACGGGACGGACGAAAUAGAAAUAGACGAGGCCCUUCUCGUCUCGAUGAAGCCCGAGGAAGAAGUACUGUAAUUGUGGGUGGACAUCGGAGAAUGGAGGAAUACUGGAGAGACUAGAAAUGUGUUAUUAAUGUGACUUCUGUAGACAUUUCCGCCUGCCCAUCAGGUUGUCCCUGUCAUUGUGCUGCAGAGUACUUGCCUGCGACCAUGACUCAUUUUCUUUCUUCACAUCGAAUGUUUGUGUCAUCAUCAUCAACACUAUCCAUUCCUCAACUCCACAGAUAAUAGAUACACAACCUCUUAGACCUAGAUAUAGAACCGAAUCAGAAAGAAAGGUCCAUCACAGCCAGACUCGCUCUGGUCGGUCAGUCGUCGGGAAUUCGUGAGGUGCUUGCUCCUCAAGAGAAACCACCUUGGCGACUCCAGUCCAGUGACAGCAACCUCGAGUUGUUCCUGCCAACGCGGAAGCUGAGGCUUCGAACGUGGUUUACAGCGGAAAUGUCGCAGAUCAUGUGACAGUGUCGUGUCGAGUCGACUGUGAGCGAGUAUGAGAAGUCGAGUGGUCGUUUGUUCCCGGGCUAAAUAUGAGUGUUUCAAUGCAGAGUGCUGGAAGUGCUGGAAGAGCCAGCGGAUUCAUGGAAGAAUGUCAACGGCACGGGCUUGAACAUGCUGCAAGCGUACUACGAAGACCCCGUAAGGUAUGCGUACCUGUUCCAGAGCUUCGUCUUCAUCACGCGCCUGCUGCUGCACAAGUCCGCAGCGCGCAAGUCGCAGCCGGUGAUUCUGCUCACCGAGCGCUCCGUGUCGACGGACCGCGUCGUGUUCGUCGAGGCCCUGCUCGAGCAAGGGUACCUGGAUGGGCUGGAGGCUGUGGCCUAUGACGCUUGGUACAGCACCGUGGUCAACGCUCUGCCCAACAUCUUGGCCGAUUGUUACAUCUACCUGAGGGCGAGUCCCGACGUUUGCUACGAGCGUUUGAAAUCGCGUGCGAGGUCCGAAGAAUUGGGCGUUGACAUGGACUACCUUCAGCUGCUUCACGAGAAGCACGACGACUGGUUCCUGAAGGGCACCUCCGUCGUCUCGGGCCAAGACGGCCACGGGGGCACAGGAAGCAGCAGAGGAGGCCAUCUGCGCGUCAUAGAUCAGCACAGGAGGAGCCCGUGCGGGAUCCAAGGCAGGUCGGUGCUGGUGAUAGACUGCAGCUCGGAUCUGGACAUGGCGGAGCAAUCGGCCGAGAGGGACGCGAUACUCGAUCAGAUCGUCACCUUUCUGCUCAGCCGACUGACAGCGAAGUCGCAAUCGCAAUCCGCUGACAUUUGCGACCAAGUCAGUGUGGAGUUCGAGCAGAUCCUGAUCAACUCGCAGUCGCACCACCAAGGGACGUCGCAAGCUCCCGCGGCCGCGUGACCGGUGCCCGCCCGUCCCGCGAGAUACCAGGACAAACUAGACCGAGAAGAAUAAGUUCAGAAGCUGCAGUAGUUGUGGUCGUAGUAAGUAGUACGAGAUCCAGCCGUGGAUCCAUCCAGUCGUCGCUGUCGCUGCCGGAUAGGAUAGAAGUUUUGGGACCACUGUAAAUUCAUUUUUUACCAUCAUCAAUCCUCGUCACGAGCGAACUCUAGUAUUGACUCUAAGUUUAAUCCGUGUCGUCGGGUGGAAUCGCGCGCGCCCAUGUGGACCCGCGUCGCGGACGACCU